UGCAGCAGCAGCAGCAGCAGCAGCAGCAGCAGCAGCAGCAGCAGCAGCAGCAGCAGCAGCAGCAGCAGCAGCAGCAGCAGGCCUUCGCUGCUUGCCCUGAGGUACAUGGCUUCGACUCUUCUGUACCAAUUCAAAAAGGCAUUUAUUUCUUCGGGCGGGCCCUCAGCCGGCUCGUCGUGCCCUAUGGCAGCUGCAGCAAAGCAGCAGCAGCAGCAGCAGCAGCAGCAGCAGCAAACCAGAAGCAGCAGCAGCAGCAAAGCAGCAGCAGCAACAGCAGCACAAGUAUGUGCGCGAACUCGCAACGAAACAGGGGCCCCAAGCAGCUGCUGCAGCUGUACCCAAAGAAGCAACUAAGACUUGGGGGCCCCCAAGGGGCCCCCGGGGACCUCCUGGGGGCCCCAGGGGGCCCCUGGGGGCCCCCCCAGGACCAGCCUUCACCCGCUCAGCUCUUCGAGCCCAGCCCCCACCCCACAGCAGCAGCAGCAGCAGCAGCAGCAGCAGCAGCAGCAGCAGCAGCAGCAGCAGCAGAUCACCUGGGAGCUGCCAACUCCGACAGUAGUGAAAACCACCAGCAGCAAAGUUGUGGCCACCACCAGGUCCUGCAGCAGCAGCAGCAGCAGCAGCAGCAGCAGCAGCAGGGCUCACGCGCUGUCGCAGCAGCAGCAGCCGCAGCAGCACCGGCAGCAGUGCCAGCGGUGGCAGCAGCAGCAGCACCGGCACCAGCGCCACUGAAGCCAGCAGCAGCAGCAGCAAAGCCACCACUGCCAGGCGCAGCAGCAGCAGCACAAGCCACCACCAACACCAGCAGCAGCAGCAGCAGCAGCAGCAGCAGCAGCAGCAGCAGCAUCAGCCCCGCACCCCCAUCAUCACCAUCAGCACCCCCACCCCCUCAGCAGCAGCAUCCCCAUCACCAGCAUCCCCAUCACCACCAUCAGCAGCAGCAGCAGCAGCAGCAGCAGCAGCAGCAGCAGCAGCAGCAGCAGCAGCAGCAGCAGCGAGAGUGGGGAAUGAAGUUGGAGGAAAAGGCAAAGGGGGAAAAGGACGGAAAGCAAAAAAUAAAAAAGCAAAUAAACAAAAGGUGA